CAUUAGUAAUAACCAUAUAAAAAGAAUAUCAAACUUUCCUUWGGCUAAUCUCGAAAGUGUGCAAGUCAAUUCACGCAGUACUUCAGUGAACACGACACGUGUGAGAGACGAUGUUUGACUAAACAUCCGUAAAAACUAGAUAAUCAAUUGUCGAAAAAAAUUGCCUCUUACGGUUUGACAACCACUUAUAACGCCGGUAUUGUAUCAUUAAUGAUUACUGAACGCUGUUUGAGYGGUAAUUUCCUGAACUAUUAAUUUGGCGGUGGAAUGGUAAAAAACGCUUAUUCAACUGUCACUUCCCCAAGGCAAGCAAAGUGUUUUUGACGUCGUUCAACUGCCAUGGAUGUCUAAGAGCCGCUGUGCACGACGUGUGUCGCGGUCACGAUCAUUGUGCAUAGACUAUUUAUAUAAAAAAAUGUUUGCUUUAUAGAAAACCAGUUUGGACGUACCUGGUAGCUCGUUAUAUCAAUCAAUCGACAAAGAGAUUAAASGACGUACAUUAUCUUAGUGAAAUAAACUGCCUUCCUCGACAAGUGAAAGAUUUGGUGUUGGAUUUCAGCAUUUUGUUUCCAGGGGGCGACGGACACUCUUGGCAUAUAUUCUUGUGCAAACAACAAUACUUUYCUUGACAGGAAGACGUGUUGUUUUAAAUUGGAAUUUCCCCAACUUGUGGACAAACACAGACAGAGACGUUGGUUGAUGCGACUUUUCAAAGAGAUUUGUAUCGAUUAAAGGAAACGAGACAUGCAGUUUGAUAAUACAAGUAACACUUGACGUGAAUUAAAGCCRGAACAAAAGCACUUUUAGGAGAAAGAAAAGGCAAACAUUCCUGAGUUGGUGGAAGCCAAAAGACCUCUCUAUUACCUGGCUCUGUAUACACAAGACAAGGAGCUCUUAUUGCUUGUCAUCCUAAAGCAGACGCUAAAAUACUUGACAUCAGAAUAAAAUUUCAUCGAGGAGCUUUUCAGCUAACACAAGAUUGAAGACGUUAGAAUUUCAGAAAGAAACUUCGGUGCUGAUUUGAUCGAAUUUCUACUUGUGAAGUUAUCGAGAAAACGGCCACGCUUGCAACAUGAGCAAUUUAUCGAAUAAUUCGUCUCCGUUUCCUUCCAAGGAGAAGGUGUGUGGAAUUCCAGUUCAAGGAACGUUUGUUUACCUCUUGGUUYUAUUGAUAUUUGUCAUGAUCGUGACUUUUGCUGGUAAUCUAUUAGUGAUCUUUGCAGUCCUGUUCUUCCGUCGUCUCCGUUCAAUUACAAACUACUUCAUUUUCUCAUUAGCAGUAAGUGAUYUUCUGAUAUCCCUGCUAUCGUUACCGUUCAGGAUAGACCAGAACAUCCACAAUGGUCACUGGUGUCUGAGCCUGGUGGCUUGCCAAACAUGGAUCAUCKUCGAUUCMGUWUGUACCUUUGCAUCCAUGUGGAACUUAGCAAUAAUCUCGAUAGAUCGAUUUGUAGCYAUAAAACUUCCAUUCCAAUAUCAUUCUCUUAUAACGAUCAAAACAUGYGUARUCAUGAUAASUUGUGUGUGGACGUACUCAGGCAUUCUGACCAUGUUGAURUUGACAGAUAACUGGACUUGGCCAGGUMUUCCCAGGUUUGGCAUCAUUCGCGAAUGUUCCUUCCGAGAUCCUUAUUAUUCUACAGUUGCUGUGUCAUUAUCAUUUUUCACACCUUUGCUCAUAGUGCUUGUGAUGUAUGGAAUGGUCUUCGAAGUAGCGCUAAACCAGACGAGGGCCAUGGCAGCGUUGCAGAUAGACCUCGGAGGAGGACGAGGCGGGCGAAGAAGCUCAGUGAAUUUAAUACGCGAGGUGAAAGCUGCCAAAACUCUCGCCAUAGUUGUGGGUUGUUUUAUAGUUUGUUGGCUCCCGUUUAAUGUAAUAUUCCUCAUUAUACUUUGGAAUCCAAAUUUAAUCUUAAGUUUGAGCCUUGGUACGCGUCUGGGCUUAAGCUUGACGUUCAUCUACGUUCUGCCGGCUCUCAACUCUACUAUGAAUCCAGUAAUCUAUGCACUUUUCAAUCGUGAAUUUCGCUCUGCUUUUCUGAGGCUAUUCCGACGAAUCGCGGGGAAUAGAAUGGGGGCCGUUGGAUAUGGUGGAACUUUGGAUCAUUCUUCGGCAAUAAGUACAAUACGAGACGAAGCUAUCACGCGCCCAUCUAAAARCAUAAAAUUUCAAGAAUAUGACGGUGAAYAUCCAAAUAAUUCGCCGCUUCCCAYAAUUCGACAACACGGCCUUCAUUCAUACGGCAACGAUGCAUACACCGAUCACACAAAUGACGAUAACUUGAACGUGAAAAAYGACACUUAUUCGAUGGAGACAACAUUAGAAGACGACAAAAAGACAAAAGUAGAGGACACUCCYGCRAYUACGCAUAACAGUCAUGUGACUGAUGACAUCACGCAGAAURAYAUYUCCCAGAACAACUGUGACGUCAUAGAUGACGACAUUCCUGGGACGCCAAARAAGGCUAUGUCUGUAAAAUUGCCGCCAUUGCAAAGAAACGUUUCGUUGUCAGGGGAAGAAGAGAGCUAUUGUGUUCAAAGAGUAAAAUCCAAUAUAUUACCGCCCAUUGGACCUCCUCGCUUGAUUAUAGAUAGCGUGCAYGAUGAGGAGGAUGCCAAGGGGGAAGUUCACAAUACGGCUUUGUGAAACGAGAUCUACGUAAUAAGGRGAAUCUUAUGAAAGGUUAUAUAUAUAGACAUAAUAGGAACAAGAGAUGUAUUGAAAUGUUUUGGRAAUGCUUUUGAUAAUUUGCCAAUAAUUAUACCACUGCAUAAUCCAAUACACAUUCAUUUCAAUUCGCUWUUUUUCCGACGAAAACAACGACGUCACCAGUCUAAUCUCGCAGCCGUUAUGAUGGUCGUUCCCAAGUUUCUCCCUCUGAUAACGAGACUCAUAACGGAUGCGAGAAGAGACUAAGACUACAACAACAAACAGGCAGACGUCUUCACAGUUUAGGCCAGUCUGCGAUACAUUGUACUCCUCCUAAAAUUUCUCUCAUCGCUUCACAAUUCCUAUCCUAUAUUGACGCCGAUUGCUUAUUUAAACGCUUUAGGGAAAUAUCGCUUAAUGUAUCAUACAUUAUAAUAAUAAUAACUCUCGCUUAUUUUUAGAGGGUACGUAUCACGACUCCGCACAUAAUAGGAUGUAAGAGUAAGCUUUGGGAGGGGAAUACCUUCCAUGCUUUGGGCUUUGGGUUAACUUAUAAGUGAGCAAGAGAUUUGAUAUAUGUAUUUAAAUUAUUUGAAUUAAGUAAUGUUAUAUUUAAAUCGUGCACAAUAUAGAUGCAGUUGUGUAAAACUCGCCUGCGGCUCGAAUCUAUAUAUCCCGAUAAAACACGCGCUCCGACGAAGGAUUAACGUCCGAGACGUCAGUAAGUUGUUUCACCUACUUUUUUACGGUGUUAAUUUUAACUUUUUACACAACUGUUUCUUUAGAAACACCGACGCAGCUCACACUAGUUUACCGCUAGUUUCCACCAAAUUAUAGAUGAAUUAUUCUAUUUUUUUUCACAAAAGUUUCAAUUUGGGUCCACUUGCAGCCGAACACCUGCGCGAUCAUUUGUUCUGUUUUGAAAAGAUCUCUUACUGAAAGUUACUUUUUGAUUUAUUUCAAAAAUAAAAAAUAAAAUAAAAAAUCAGCGAAAAAGUUAAAGCUGGACAUUUAAACUAAAACGAUCCAUACAUUCUCCGUCGACUUUCAGUUUGUUUUACAAUGGCGCAAAGGAUUUCGUAUGUUGGUGGCCCUUCGAGCCACAAAAGCAGAAACGAUAAGUUUUAGUCGAGUGUUUUGGGUACUAUCGAAGAAUUUUUCAUUUUUCUGACACACAUGUGACCUUUCAUGGGUAAGCAUUAUGAAACUAUAUGUUAGACAGACUUUAUAGCUGGAAAUAAAAUGGCAUACAAAGAUAUUC